AUCCUUUAAAAACAGCAUUCACCCCCCGCCCCAAAUUCUAAAACCCUAAACCGCUCUUUGCUCUCUGUCACUGAAAUAUUUCAUACACUCGACCACGCACGCUGCUUUCUCUCUCUAAACUUAAUCGUGCGUCGAUGGCUCCUUCUUUGGAUGAAGAAACUGCAAAGAAAGUUAUUCGCCAGGUGGAGUUCUACUUCAGUGACAGUAAUCUUCCCAGAGAUAAUUUUCUGAAGAAAACCAUCAGCGAAAGUGAUGAUGGGAUGGUUAGUUUGGCGUUGAUUUGUUCAUUUUCUCGGAUGAGAGGUCACUUGAGCCUGGGAGAUGUGAAACCAGAAGAUGUAUCAGAGGACACCGUUUCAUCUGUGGCUGAAACUCUAAAGACCUCUACGUUUCUUAGGAUUUCUGAAGAUGGGAAGAGCAUUGGUAGAGUUACUGAGCUUCCAAAAACUGAAGAGGCCAUUAAGCAAUCAGAUGAGAGAACAAUUGCUGCGUCGCCCCUGGAAUAUGAUGUCAAGCUUGAAGAUGUCGAAACCUUUUUUGGCCAGUUCGCUAAGGUUAAUAGCGUGAGGCUACCUCGACAUGUUGCUGACACUAGGUUGUUCUGCGGCACAGCCCUGGUUGAGUUUUCCAGUGAGGAGGAUGCUGCAAACGUUUUGAAGCAAUCCAUAAGUUAUUCAGGUGCUGAGUUAGAACUGAAACCAAAGAAGGAGUUUGAUGAAGAAAGAGCUAAGCAAGAAGAGGAAGUUGUGAAGACUCGUCCCCAAGCAGUUUCAAACCGCAAAGAGAAGGCGGCCAAUGCUGAACCUCAAUAUCCCAAAGGCUUAAUUGUUGCAUUUAAAUUGAAGAAGAUCUCUGCUGAAGUUUCGGCCGAACAAAAUGGCAGUCAUGGGCCAGUGAGUGCUAAUGCAGACGUCUCUAUGGUAGACGGAGAACAAGAUAAAGUACAAGUUGAAGCUGAAAAGACAGAAUCCGAGGUUCUGAAAAGUGUCGAAGAUGCGAAAAAUCACGAAGAAGAAGCAGAUAAAGCUGUUGCAGUGACCAAAGCGGAGGAAUCCGAGGAUGCUAAGGAAUCUUCAGACGUAACAACUGAGAAGGAAAACCAAGAAUCUUGUGAAGAAAAAACAACCAUUGAGGUUUACAGGAACAACAAGGAUGUUGUUUUAAGAGAGGACCUGAAAAGUAUAUUCCAAAAGUUUGGCCCUGUUAAGUUCAUUGAUUUCAAGAUUGGAUCGGAAUCUGGAUAUAUAAGGUUUGAAGAUGCUGAAGCUGCCCAGAAAGCUCGUGCUGCUGCUGUUCUUACCGAGGAGGGUGGUCUGACUGUGAAGAAUUUCAUUGCUACUCUUGAUCCUGUUAUCGGUGAGGCUGAGAAGGAAUACUGGAACUUACUUCGUAAUAGCCAGGACAAGCACCGUGACAAUUUCAGGAACAGCAACCGUGGAAGGGGAGGAAGGCACAACAGAGGUGGUGGUAGGCAUUUUGGUGGGAAGCAUUCUCGUUCGAGAGAUAAUGAAUCUGGAAAUCGCCCUAAUAAAGUUCAGAAAGUUGGGGCAACAUAGAUGAACUCCGAUAUCCACCAUCGCACCAUCGUCCGCCUUCCUAUUUUUAUCGCGUCGAAUCAAUUUUGUUCUCUUCCUUUUUUUUUCCUUUUUCUUUUUUUUUUCUAUUUAAACUAUCAUCUGGUGUACGAUACGCAAGACUUGUUAAAACUGCUAUUUAUUUUUAUCUAUUUCCGGGCCUAAUUUAUUAUAUUAUGUUUUGUUCUUGAGCUAGAUUAACCAUUGCAUGUUUCUGGAAAAUUUGGAUUUUGUUUCUUUACUAAGCAUUUUUGUUAGAGAGAAUAGAUUGAUGAUGAAGUAUAGAGCAAAUUAUAAUGUUUUUGCUUUAUUA